GGGAUGUACAGUUUGCUCAGGGUUAAUGAUUGUCACGGUUUGUGCAUUUUUUCAUCAGCAAGAGACAAUCCUCUAUUUUUUCACUUUGCAAGAGCCGUACCAGCACAACCGCAAUGAUCAAGCUAAUUCUAUUUGCAGGUCUUUGUCUGUCCCUGGGUAGUAUGGCCUCUUCCUCCAGACUUGUGUGUUAUUUCACUAAUUGGUCCCAAUACAGACCUGGUAAUGGAAAGUUUAUGCCUUCCAAUAUUGAUCCAAACCUUUGCACCCACCUGAUCUACGCCUUCUCUGGUAUGAACGAAGCAAAUGAGUUGGUCACCACAGAGUGGAAUGAUGAGGUACUCUACAAAUCCUUUAACGGACUCAAACAGAGGAAUCCAAAUCUUAAAACACUGCUGGCAGUUGGAGGCUGGAACUUUGGAAGUCAAAAGUUCACUACAAUGGUGUCAACACAAGCCAACAGGAAUACAUUUAUCCAGUCUUCUAUCAAGCUGCUGAGAAAACAUGGUUUUGAUGGACUAGACCUGGACUGGGAAUACCCUGCAGCAAGAGGAAGCCCUCUGGAGGACAAGCAGAGAUUCACAUUGUUAUGCAAGGAGCUGCUGGAGGCCUACACAGCUGAAGGAACAUCAACUGGGCGUCCCAGAUUAAUGAUCUCAGCUGCUGUGGCAGCUGGGAAAGGAACCAUUGAUGCUGGUUAUGAAGUCGCAGAGAUUGCAAAGUACUUGGAUUUUAUUAAUGUGAUGACAUAUGACUUUCAUGGCACCUGGGAGAGCGUCACUGGACAUCACAGUCCUUUAUACAAUGGGUCCCAUGACAUUGGGGACCAUGUUUACUUAAAUACUGAUUUUGCUAUGAGCUAUUGGCGCGACCAGGGAACACCAGUAGAUAAGUUAAAUAUGGGCUUUGCUACAUAUGGACGGGCAUUUCGACUCUCUACUCAGUCCAGUGAGGUUGGAGCACCGGCCAGUGGUCCUGCUGCUGCCGGUGCUUUUACAAGGGAGGCCGGCUUCUUGUCCUAUUACGAGAUUUGUACGUUUCUUAAAGGGGCCACUGUUCACAUGAUUGAGGAUCAGAAAGUUCCUUAUGCCACCAAACAAAACGAAUGGGCUGGAUAUGACAACAAAGACAGUUUUAACACCAAGGUCCGUUACCUCCAAGACAACAGAUUCGGAGGAGCCUUUGUCUGGUCUGUAGACAUGGAUGACUUUAACGGACAGUUCUGUGGGGAGGGGACUUAUACCCUCAUCAAGUAUCUUCGUUCCCUUUUAGGUUUAAGUCUUCCUCCUCUUCCCACUUCAAAAAGCACCCCAAACCCAGUGACUCCAUCUUCAAACAAGGAUCAACCUCAGACCACACCUCCUUCUAGACCUACAAUCAUUCAUCCAUCCACAACCACUGAUAACUUCUGCGCUACAAGGAUUGGUGGCGUCUAUGCCAAACCUGAUGCACCAAAUUCUUUUUACAAUUGUGCCAAUGGCAUCACCUGGGUCCAAAACUGCCCAAGUAAUUUGGUCUUUAAAAACAGCUGCAAAUGCUGUGACUGGCCCUAAAGACUCUCAUCAUAAAUACCACAAGCACUGGGCUAAAAUCACAAGAAUCAUUCUUCAUUCAAUUUGUGUUAAG